GGUUUCGUCUUCUUUAUAACAAAACAAAAAGACGACUCUCUCAGAAUUUAAGUAAAAAAAUCAAUUUCUCUCAUCAUUCUCUAGCGAUUUCUGGGAUUUUCAGAAUGACGAAUUUAGAGUCCGCAAUCGAUCAGUUACAGAAUGUAGAGAAGCAGAUGAGGCUCGCCGGUGACGUUGCCGGAACCAAAAAAUCCGUCACCGAGAUUCUUCAACUCUGUUUCGAAGCUAAAGACUGGAAGCUACUUAAUGACCAAAUUCUCCUUCUCUCCAAGAAACGCGGUCAACUCAAGCAGGCUGUAACUGCAAUGGUCCAGCAAGCAAUGCAGUACAUUGACCAGACACCGGAUCUCGAAACUCGUAUUGAACUUAUUAAGACACUUAACAAUGUCUCUGCUGGAAAGAUUUAUGUUGAAAUUGAGAGAGCGCGGUUGAUCAAAACACUAGCCAAGAUUAAGGAAAGCCAGGGGCUUAUAGCUGAAGCUGCUGAUCUCAUGCAAGAAGUUGCAGUGGAAACUUUUGGUGCUAUGGCUAAAACAGAGAAAAUUGCCUUCAUUCUUGAACAAGUGCGUCUAUGCCUGGACCGCCAGGAUUAUGUCCGUGCCCAAAUUUUGUCAAGGAAGAUUAGUCCAAGGGUAUUUGAGGUUGAUCCUUCCAAGGAAAAGAAGAAACCCAAGGAAGGUGAUAAUCUUGUUGAAGAGGCCCCUGCUGAUAUACCAUCACUGCCAGAGUUAAAGCGGAUCUACUAUGAAUUGAUGAUACGGUAUUACUCCCAUGAUAAUGAAUACCUUGAAAUAUGUCGUUGCUACAAGGCAAUAUACGAGAUCCCUUCUGUUAAGCAAAACCCAAAACAAUGGAUUCCGGUUUUGAGGAAAAUCUGUUGGUUUCUAGUCCUGGCACCACAUGAUCCAAUGCAGUCAAGCCUUUUGAAUUCUACAUUGGAAGAUAAAAAUCUCUCUGAAAUUCCAAAGUUUAAGUUGCUUUUAAAACAAUUGGUAACCAUGGAGGUCAUCCAAUGGACUUCUCUUUGGAAUACAUUUAAGGAUGACUUUGAAAAUGAGAAGAACUUGCUUGGAGGCUCUUUGGGUGACAAAGCAGCUGAAGAUUUGAAGCAAAGAAUAAUUGAACAUAACAUCCUUGUUGUUUCGAAGUACUACUCAAGGAUUACUGUGAAGAGAAUUGCAGAGCUGUUGUGUCUCAGUGUUCAGGAAGCUGAGAAGCACCUCUCAGAUAUGGUUGUAUCCAGAGCUCUGGUGGCAAAGAUUGACAGGCCAAUGGGGAUAGUCUGUUUCCAAGUAGCCAAGGAUAGCAAUGCCAUUCUCAACUCGUGGGCGGUGAACUUGGAGAAGUUACUUGAUCUUGUGGAGAAGAGUUGCCACCAAAUACACAAAGAAACCAUGGUACACAAAGCUGCUCUGAAGGUCUGAAAGGAAUGAUUGCAUCCAGGUUUGCCAAUUUGAGCUUUUUCCGUGAUCAUGAAAUUCUGUGCUGGUUAAGGUUAACCAGGCAUGCGUUUGACCAGAAGUUAUUAUAGCUUUUGCUUUAGUAGAAAUAGUGAACUCGAUAUGCUUCUUAGGACUGAAAGUAAAGAUUGUUGUAUACUUCUGGCAUAUAACUCACACCACUGGCUAAUGGCAGGAAAACUAAGGGCUUUGUGUUAUAGCAGUGGAAAUAUUGGAUCUUCUUAGCAACUUUAAAUUUUUCUUUCUUUUUAUGCAGCCCUUUACCAUUUGUGCUCAGGCUGAGCUAUACUUCAAUCAUCUUUAAAUGUUAUUGGUUUUCUUGAGGUUCA